CGCGGGGGCGCCGGCGGCGGCGCGGCCUCGGCCUGGGUGACUGGCGGCGCCCGCGCAGCCUCGGGCUGGGAAGGGUGCAAGAUGACCAACGAAGAACCUCUUCCUAAAAAGGUCCGAUUGAGUGAAACAGACUUCAAAGUUAUGGCACGGGAUGAGUUAAUUCUAAGAUGGAAACAAUAUGAAGCAUAUGUUCAAGCUCUGGAGGGAAAGUACACAGAUCUUAAUUCAAACGAUGUGACUGGUUUAAGGGAAUCUGAAGAAAAACUAAAGCAGCAACAGCAGGAGUCUGCACGCAGGGAGAACAUUCUUGUCAUGCGGCUAGCAACCAAGGAGCAGGAGAUGCAAGAGUGCACUACUCAAAUCCAGUACCUCAAGCAAGUUCAGCAGCCGAGUGUGGCCCAACUGAGAUCUACAAUGGUAGACCCAGCGAUCAACUUGUUUUUCCUAAAAAUGAAAGGUGAACUGGAACAGACUAAAGACAAACUGGAACAAGCCCAAAAUGAACUGAGUGCCUGGAAGUUUACGCCUGAUAGAGGCCUGAUGCCAUCGGACUAUUCCGAAGAAGAGGCCAACUCCGAAAAAUUCCCCUUCUAGGACAUGUAGACACUUUGAGAAGUGUUUCUGUUUGAAGAAAAUAGAGGGAAAAACAGAAGUCUUAAGUCUGUGGCACACUGUGUCUUCAGACAGUUUGGAGGAUUGAAAUCCUAGAGGUUUUAAAUCAUGAAUUGAACAUGUAAAAUUCCAGUAAAAUGUAA